AUGGAUGUGUGUCAGCGGCCUUCGUAUUGCCCGGCACGAAGCAACUGGAGCCAUACAAAUGCGCGAAACACUACUUGGAAUACUUCAACAACACUACCACAGAACCCCUUCUGCCGGCUACCGGAAUUCGAGAACGAUGCGUCCGAUGAGCAGUACGUUGAGGAAUACUACUCCUACCAGCUCUCCUGCUAUGUCCAGCCCUCCGCAAUAACGCCUACGGAUGACGACGACAAGAGCACGGCAGCCACCGCUUCCCACCAAGAAGGAAAACCCUCAUCGCGUCUUUGGCUGCGCAGGAUAUUGCAAUUUGCCGGCAGCCUGCUAUCAAAUGCCAAGGAGAUCAUUCGAGCUGCGGGAUCGACUACCGCGAGGAGGCUGGAUCAAGCUCGAGCGGAUAUCAGCACAUGGUGGUUGGCUAGCCGAAGACUGCGACUGUGGUUGGGACGAUUGAGGAAAGCCUUGCCCAUGAUCAUACUGUGCAGAGUCGUGGCUCAGUGGGUAUUGGCGCAAGACCGGCCCGUCUACGUCCUGGUCCACGUAUGCCAGUCAUGGUCAGUCGUAGUCAGUGUUGUACCAGAGCCGAUAGCUGGUGUCGAAAAUGGCAACAUCUAA